CACAGUAGCUGCGUCAAAAGUUGUUUUUGAACAACUGGAUUGAAUAUUAGUCAAGAUGAAUGAGGACGUGUUUGAGGUCCCUGAGGGGACAGAGUACCGUUAUCUGGUACAAGAGGAAGGAGAGGAGGAGGUGCAGUAUGUGCGUCGCAGACACUACGUCAGCCCAUUCCUGGUCCUGUCCAGACGCUGCAUCUUCCUCGUCUGCCUGGGAGUGCUAUCCCUGCUCACCUUGGCUGGGUACCUGGCCUACGUGGCCCAGACUCUGCCCCCUGGCUCUGCCCAGGUCACUACUGACUGUGGAGAGUUCCAGGGGAGACAGAGGAAUGGGGCCUACUCGUUCAAGGGCCUCCCCUACGCUGCUCCCCCCAUUGGGGAACGUCGCUGGGCCCCGCCAGCCAAACCCUGGUGUGGGAACGGGGUGGGGGAUGCCACCCGCUUCCGCAGCAAGUGUCCCCAGGUGCAGCCGCUCUCCGACACGGGGAAGGUGAUGGGCCAGGAGAGCUGCCUCUUCCUGAACGUGUGGACCCCCACCCUGUGCCCCGACGCUGCCCUACCUGUCAUGGUCUGGAUCCAUGGGGGCUACCUUCACAUGCUUAGUGGAGGAGAGGAGGGCUACUCGCCCACAGAGGAGCUGGCAGCCCAGACAGGGAUGGUCUAUGUCAGCUUUAACUACAGGCUCAACGCAUUUGGGUUCAUGGCCCUGGAGCUACUGAGGGAGGGCUCCCCCACCAAUACCUCUGGAAACUAUGGCUUCAUGGACCAGAUCGCUGCUCUGCAGUGGGUCCAGAGGAACAUCAAGGUGUUUGGAGGAGACCCCAGUAAAGUCACCAUAUUUGGUCAAAGCUCAGGUGGGACGUCGGUGUGGACUCUGAUGAUGUCUCCGCUGGCAAAGGGUCUGUUUCGUGCAGCGGUGGAUAUGAGCGGCUCCUAUGAGUAUAACGCAUCACUGGAGAAGGCAGAGGCAGACAACCUGCUAUUCCUGAACAAGACUGGCUGCAAUGACCUGGCCUGCCUCCGGAAGCUCUCCACCACACUGAUACUACGGGCCAUCCCAUGGAAGGAGUACCCGUCGUGGGGGGCAGAUGAUCUGAUGGACCUGCCCACUAAGGACAGCUUCGUGGGUCCCGUAGCAGUGGUGGACGGGCAUGUCCUCCCAGCCCCUCCCUUUGAGAUGUGGGAGAAAGGAGGAGUCUUCAACGAUGUUCCAUUCCUCAUAGGGACCACUGAGCAGGAGACUGACUUUUUCCCACCGUAUGAGAAUAUCUCCAUGUGGACAUGGGGAGACUACGGGUGGUUUGUGACAGAUAAACUGAGCCCCUUCAGCGAGGGUCUUCCUAAGGAGGCGUUGGAUCUGUACCCAAGCUCGGCCCUGUGCCCCACUCCUGACCGCUGCCCAGAGAGGGCCUACACCACGAUGGUGUCGGACAUGAGGGUCACCUGCCCAAACAAUGACCUGGCCAAGAGGGCUGCAGCGGCCCUCCACAGUCCUGUGUAUCGGUACGUGGUGACACACACUCCAUCUCGUGCCGUCAACUCCUCAGAGGGUCUGUGGUCGUUCCCCAGCCGGUUCUCUUUCCACGGCCUGGACUCUUUCGCCUUCUUCGGGGGUCUAGAGAAACUGUUGGGGGGACCGCUCUCCGCCCAGGACACUGCCUUCCAGAAGCUCCUCACAGAGCACCUCGUCCACUUCGCUAAGGAGGGUAAGAUGCCGGAGCAGUGGUCAGAGUACCCAGCAGCCACUGCUCUCCUGAACCAUACCCUCUCUGUGGUCCAUGAUUACUCUGCUGAGCGCUGCCAACUGUGGGAGAAGAACGGCUUCUACCCCUACGCCUGGGUCAACUGACCCCUCACCCAUAACUCCUACUGCACAGGACUGAAUCCUACACCUGGGUCACCUAGGUUACAGUAUCUACCCCUAGAACGAUUGAACAACUGUCUAGAACAAUGGGAACAUGUGAAGAAAGAUGGAAACCAUGAAGACCAAAAUUAAGGAUGUUAGUACUGAAUCUGUUCUGUGACUGUGGUGAAAUGUAGAUGCAUUGUGGGAGUUUUGGUGUGUACAGUAUUUUGCCUUUAGGUUUGUUCAAGGAUAAAGUAUCAGAUUUAGAGAAAAGGGAAGAAUAUGUUGGUAUGCAAGAAGAUAAUGGUAAUUUUUAUAUUUCUGCUCUGUUUUGUGGUAGAGAUGACUGUGAGAAUGUUGAAAGAGGAGACAUUAUUGUGAUGUGUUAUCAUUAUUGAUACUUUUAGCUACCGUUACUUGCACUAAGAUUUUAAAUGUAGAUGCAUACUCUUUACUUUUUAUGGAAAUCUGUUGUGUAUAUGUCGUACAUGUAUGCAAUGAGGAAACAUUUAUUAUCAAGGGCUUUUAUGCUGUAGCCUAUGUUAUGUUUCUCUAUUCUUCUUUUUCCAUAAUGUGUCUCUGUGUGGUGGAUAUUCAACCAGACAGAAACAGCUAGGAAGCUUUUUCUGCACGCAUAGACUGUGUCACCACCGAAUCAUCUUCGUUCGACUUGACAACACACCGUUUUUUUUCCUACUCCAAGCCUCAUUAACUCAACGUAACACACUCUGUCUUUUCUUCAGCAUCUCCGACAGCCCCGACUUCAUUGGGAACAAGGGAUGGUGCGCUUGUUCUUUAUGUGUGAAGAGAGCGAUGAAAGCCUGUGGAUGACAGAGAGAGCACAUGGAAGUGUUUACUUGUGUAAUUAGUGUUUAGAGUUGCUCCAAUCAAAAGCUCUCGUGCUCUGUCUUUUCUCCUGUCAAACAGACAGGGAGUUAUAUCUGUUGCUGUCUUAUUGAUCAUUUCUACUUUUGUUCCACUAUGUGCGCUAUGAUAGGCACUUAUUUCAACGUUACAUUUUUCUUAGUUUUUUUACUCAGGUAAUCUGUUUUAUAAUGCCAUGACCUAAAAUUACAGGUCAUUCACACGCACUAUUACAAAUAAUAAAACACACAAAGAAUUAAGGA